GUAUAAAAGCUCGGAGCUUUUGCGCCGUUUGUAACAUUCGGUGACCGAUAAUCUUCUGAGACUCAAGCCUUUUUGUUCGGCCAAAAGAGAACGAAAAUUAAUCACUGCGCCGACAUGGCUUCCAUUCGCCUUAUCCUGACUAUUGCUGUUAUCAUGGUAGUUUUCGUCAUCAGCGCAAAUGCUGGCUACAAAAAACCACCCUUCAACGGUAGCAUAUUCGGCAAACGAUCGAGCACUGUAACUGAUUACGAAAUUACCAGCCGCGCUCUAUCAGCUAUUUGUGAGGUCGCCAGUGAAACCUGCACCGCUUGGCUAUCUCAUCAAGAUUCCAACUAAAGAUGAAAAAUCUAUCAACAUAAUCCACGAUUUUCGCUGACUGAUCAAUCCGUGAAACAAUGUAACUGACCGAAUUAAAAUACUCGUAAACAUGCGCUUAAAAAUUCGUCACAUUGUCCUCUAUCAAUAACCGUUACAUCAUGUCUAAUCAUAAACUUUAUAUCUAAAUAAAAUUUGUAAUGGUUUAUGCUUCCACAAUUUAGCUCUGUUUAUGAGAAGCAUUCUAAAUAAAGUAUUAUGAUUUCAUCAA